CGCAGCACCGAACGCCAUGGAUACCUAUGACCCCACUUACACCUCCUUGUUGCAACAACCAUGCAAAUCUGAUCGCCUUCUAAAAAUUCUUUCUCUCAGAUACCUUUCACCCAAAAGACGACCUGAGGUUCCCCGGUAUGAGCAGACCUAGUCCCACAUUGACCCGUCCCAGUCACGAGGCAGUGGUGUAUUCUCUAGGUCCUUGGUUCGUUGGAAUGUGUAUAGAUAUGCUUCUCCAAGGGGUUCUUUUUGCUCAAUUCAUGAAUUAUUUCGUUUGGUACGGCUCUACUGACGGAUACAAAUUCACCUUAUCUGUCGCAAUUCUCGCGAUUAUCACCACACUCAAGUCUGUUCAGGCAUUUGUCAUUGUAUGGACACAGCAAAUAAUCUACUUCUACGACAUGCAAAGUGCUCUCAACAUGCGGUUCUUUGUCUGGUAUCAAGUAGGGAACCCUUUGAUGGUAUCGCUUAUCUCCCUUUAUGUGCAAUCCUACUUUUGCUACCGUCUAUAUGUGGUGUCCAUGAGGUGGUGGGUAGUUACGCCUAUAUUGGUCUUGUAUCUGUUCUCCGUGGGAUCGGUUGCUGUUGCGACGUACGAUAUUGCGCGUUCUGAUCUGAAGCUGGGACACUGGCUUGCAGCACACUAUGGAACGGUCUUCGCUAGCGACAUUAUGCUCGCUGGCGUCACUGCUUAUUUUCUCCUCAAAACAAGAAAACGUGUUCUGCCUCAAACUGUCGGCAUCAUCAAUGCCUUAAUUCGACUCACAUUUCAGACCGCUACGCCGGCUGUUAUAUGUACGAUGCUCAACCUGAUUUUUACCUACCUUCCGGGUCCUUUCGAUAAAGGCAUAUCCAGCGCCUUCAUACAGGCACUUCCCAAAUUAUAUGCAGUCAGUAUGAUGUGGACUCUCAACGCACGGAGGGCCAUCAUGUGCGAGCCCACCCCGACGUUUGCUAGUGGGACUUUCCGCAUGACUGAGGGGGCCAACUGGUUCAUACCUGUAGAUCCGAGAAGACACUCGACUGGAGACAUUCAGGUUUGCAUUUCGUUGAAGAGCUGGGCCCUGCUGAUCUUGACAUGGGUGCGGUUUGCUACCAUUGAUGCAAAUCACUUCUCGGACUCGGAAUCUCUGAAUAUACUGUCAACAGAUAAUAGCAUACCUAAAAAUCCUUAACGGCUUGCUUAGCGUAUCGAUGAACGAACAAUAUUAAUAGGAUGACUUUGAUGAUACCUCUGAGACUGACUUACGGGACCGCCGAAUGCGGAGGUACAUCUUACAUGAUGUUACUCUGUAUAUGAAGAUUCGCUUGGAAAUCACCAGAGUUCACG